CCUCCAAACUCAAAAAUGUCUCUUUUACCCUUAACAUACCGGCACCGGGGUCCGCGUCCCGCCCCGGGGCGGACAGGAGCGGAAGCAGCAGCUCGGCGGUCUCGGCCCCACAGAGACCUUUCUCCGCGGCCACCCCGCUCUCAGUGGCCGCUGCGGGAGCCCGGAAGCCGGCGGGCGGCGCCGGGCCUGGCCGGCAGGGAGCCCCGCCAGCCCCGCUCGGGCGGCGGGGGCGGGCGAGGGCCGCUGCGCGCCGGCUGUCAGCGGCGCCACAGCCGUUGCUCCGUGCGGGGCGGCAGCGGCUCCGCGCACCGCUGCGCCAUGGAGGCGCAGGCACAGGAUUCUUCCCAGUGUUUCCCAGAACUGUCCUGUACUGCUUCUCCAUCCAUGGAAAAAGAGCCUGCUUCCAAGACUAUAGGGGGCCUGUUGGAAACACAGUCUUUACAUGAAGCAGAUGAAGACAUGGGCACUGAUGUUGAUUUCACCAGUAUGAUUUCUGAAGAAGAGAAAGAAGAGUUAAAGACUGAACUAGCCAAGCUAGAGGAUGAAAUUUCAACUUUGCGGCAAGUAUUAGCAGCCAAAGAAAAGCACCUGGUGGAAAUUAAACAAAAGCUUGGCAUAAGUCUGAUGAAUGAACUGAAGCAGAACUUUAGCAAAAGCUGGCAUGAUAUGCAGACAACUUCUGCUUACAAGAAAACACACGAGACCCUGAGCCAUGCAGGACAGAAGGCCACAGCAGCUAUCAGCAACGUAGGAACUGCUAUCAGCAAGAAGUUUGGAGAUAUGAGAUCGCAUUCAAUUGGUUACUCUAUUCGCCAUUCCAUAAGCAUGCCUGCAAUGAGGAAUUCUCCAACUUUCAAAUCAUUUGAGGAGAAGGUUGAGACCACCGUCACAAACCUUAAGACCAAGGUUGGUGGGACAGGUCACGCUGGGGGCAGUUUUGAAGACGUUCUCAGCUCUACAGCCCAUGCCAGCGCUCAGAGCUCUCUUGCUGGCACUCAACUUCCUGAGAACGAGGAAGAGCUUCAGUGUUAGACUUCCAGCCCUCCCAAGCCUCAUCGGCCUCUGUUCGGCGACCUACCCAGCCAUCAAUUUCUAGAUGUCUCUCACCUCCCAGCUUGUGCAACAAGGUUUUGUCAGCUUUACAAAAUUGCCUUGCUGACCUUGUGCUGGAGAAAUUCUUCCUCUCUAUAUUUAUAUUUUGGAUGGGCCAUUUUAUCAUCAGGUAUUUUGUAUGCCAUAGGAACCACAAGGAAGUAAUUGACUUAACAUUAUAGAAUUUAGAGUACUGUAAGUGACCAAAUGAGUUUUCAUUUUCAGUUAACUAACUUCCCUCCAAAAUUCUCACAAUCUCUGUUUCUUUUUUCUUUUGUUUUACUGUGUUUUCUGCUGGUUUGCACCGCCCCCCCCCCCCCCCCAGUGCCACAUCAGACAGAUGGACUCAGAGCCAUGCAAAGAUUUCUACUGCCAGCAAUAGUCCAUACACCAACUGUCUACCAGCCAUACUAGGUGCCCUUUGCUCAGGAGUGUCUGUACACGGUCUGUUUCCUAAUGGAGUUAAAAUCACUUAUUGUCACAGAAAAGUUUUUUUCUCUUUCACUGAUACAGUCUGACAUUGCCCUCUAUCCGUUAGUCAGCAGAGAUAAGGAGAACGGGAAGAGACACCCAGUUAUUCAUAUAGAGACUAAGCUGAUCACAGCUGCUGAUCUAAGCUGAUCAGCAUAGCUAAACAGAUCAGCAAGCUAAACAGAAAGCUUCAGUUUAAAAGUGUGUUCUGUUGCUUGCUCUCUGUAGUUUGAUAAGACUCGACAGUAGAAACUAAUUACAAAGGGAAGGGAGGGGGGAAAAAAGCCUAUAAUAAUUUUGCCUCUGUAUCUUCCCCUCAAAAAUAAGGGAAGGUAAAUUUAUGACUGAACAGCAUGAGCCUCAUUGCAGUUACAGCCUUAAGAGAAAUACAUAAACAACAGUUGACUAAAGAUGUGCCAUAGGCUGGAGAGCCCAUGCCUUCAGUCUAUACUACAGAGCUGCUAGUGUUGGCCCCCCCCCGUGUUACAAUACCCAGGAUGAGCAAGUACUUCAUUUUUGCGCCAAAUUUUGUCCUGCUUCAUUGCACUCCUGGGCAUAAUUCCACUUUAUAUUUACUUAGUCACCAAGAGCUAGUCAUCUCUCUCAGCUUUGAUUCAGCAUGUUUUCUUGCAACCGUUUAACAUUUUUUAAAGAAAGAACAGCACACUUGUGUCUUGCCUAAUGAGCACGUCAGUCUGCAUGUUGUAUUACUCAGUUCACCAGACUGAGAUGAGCACAACUUUAUCAAGAGUAUAAGCAAAAUAGAAAGCAGUCUGGGUACUUUUAAAAUGGAUGCUUGUUUUGAGCAUAAGGCAAAGCUUCAAAUCGGUGUUAGUGAGUUUAACAUUAUAGAUUGCUUAAAAUCUUGUAAGGAAACUUGUCUUUAAGUGAUUCUUUUCCUAUGUGGCUUUUGUUUUAGUUUUUACAAAGUUGGAAAUCCUCUCAUAAUGUGCAACUGGACAUAAGUUAGCUUGGACAUUUAUAUAAAAUGCCUCUUUAGUGUGAUUUUGCAUGGAAGCAAAUUUAAUUAGGUUUAUUUUAGUAUAGUUUUGUUGUGACAGUUUGCUAGCUUAUUUUGCAGAGUUUUUAGUACAUAAAUUUAAAAUCUUACUGGUCAACUUAGUUUGUGUAAAUGAAGUUAUUGAUAUUAAAAAUAAAUUUCUCUCUUAACUUUUA